AUGGCUACUAAAUCAUUUGGUAAUUUCGAUAUUCACUUCUAUCACGGUACUGAUGAAAUUGAUGAAGACGGUACUUUAAUUAUUAAUAGAAAAAGUGCAGCUCUUUCCAAACACCCAGAAUUCUUACCUACAUGGGAUCCAAAAGAGAAAUUUCCAGCUCAAAAGUUCUAUAAACACGAAGAUCCUGGUAAGAGAGCUGAUCCAACAUUACCAAACUUAUUCCCCAAAGACCAAGAAAUCAAACAAAAGAAUAUUACCCCAAAGUUUGGUACUGAAGUUUUUGGGGUUCAACUUUCUGAAUUAAGUGAUAAAGGUAAAGAUGAAUUAGCUUUAUAUGUUGCUAAAAGAGGAGUUGCUGUUUUCAGAGAUCAAGAUUUUGGUGAAAAGGGUCCUGCUUUUGCAGUUGAUUAUGGUAAAUAUUUUGGUAGGUUACAUAUCCAUCCAACUUCUGGAGCCCCAAGAGGAUACCCUGAAUUACACAUUACUUACAGACGCCCUGACCCAACUGAAUUCGAUAGAAUAUUUUCCAAUAAGAAUAAUAACGUUUCAUUCCACAGUGAUGUAAGCUACGAACUUCAACCUCCUGGAUACACCUUCUUUAGUGUUUUAGAAGGACCAGAAUCAGGCGGAGACACUAUCUUUGCUGAUACCGUUGAAGCUUAUAAGAGGUUAUCACCAGAAUUUCAAAAAAGAUUAGCUGGUUUACAUGUCUUACACACUUCCAAAGAUCAAGCUUCCAACUCACUUCGUUUGGGUGGUAUUGAAAGAAGAAAACCUGCUUCAAACAUACAUCCAUUAAUCAGAACCCAUCCAGUUACUGGCGAAAAGGCCAUUUAUUUAAAUAGACCUUUCGCAAGAAAGAUUGUCGAAUUGAAAGAAGAGGAAUCUGACUAUUUACUUAGGUUCUUAUAUACCCACAUUGACCUCUCCCAUGAUUUACAAUUGAGAGCCAAAUGGGAACCAAAUACUGUUGUAGUUUGGGAUAACAGAAGAACUGUUCAUUCAGCUAUUGUUGAUUGGGAUACUCCUGUUCACCGUCAUGCUUUCAGAAUAACCCCAACUGCAGAAAGACCAGUAGAGGACUUGAAAGAUUUAAAUAAAGAAGAGUUCGACGUAGGUGACCUUGAAAAUGCCUUGGAUUCUGCUUUCAAGUAG